GACAUUGCGCAGAGCUACGGCUCGAAGGAGAACCUGAGCGUCAUGGUGAUACGACUCAACAUGAGCGGACCUACAGUAACCCGCAGCCUCAUCCGCCGCUACCACCGACGCAACAACAACAACAACAACAACAAUAAUAAUAAUAAUAACAACAACAGUAGCGGAACGUUCAGCUAUAGCGGCUCCUGUUACAACAAUGACGACUCCAGCAACUGCAGCCUCCCGGGUUCGGCGUGUUCUCAGAGUCCGCUGCAGCCUCCGCGGCCGCGCAGCCGCAUCGCCCGCUCUCGCCCCGUCAGUCGCAGCGGCGCACGCGUCAGCAUCGGUUUCCAUGGCGACGAGGAAGAUGGCUAUGCAGCUGACAGCGACUCGAGGGUGGAGACACGCAGA